AUGGCUCUAGAAUCGAUUGGAUUUCAAACAAACAAAUUACAACACCUCAAAACAGGCUUCAUUGAUUUUACUGCCGGGUCGCUGGGUGGAAUUGCUCUUGUUUAUGUCGGCCAACCACUGGACACAGUUAAAGUAAAAAUGCAAACCUUUCCUAGUAUGUACAAUGGCAUGGUCGAUUGUUUUACUAAGACAUUUAAAGCUGAUGGUUUAGCUAGAGGAUUGUAUGCAGGAACAGUUCCGGCUAUUGUAGCAAAUGUCGCUGAAAAUUCAGUAUUAUUUGCUGCCUAUGGUGGCUGUCAGACAGCUAUAGCACGUCUUAUCGGUAAACCUGAUAUAAAAAGUUUAAAUUCAUUUGAUAACGCGUGUGCUGGUUUUUGUGCUGCAUUUUUUUCUUCUUUAACUUUAUGCCCAACUGAACUUGUUAAAUGUCGACUGCAAGCGAUGAGAGAAGUUCAAUCCCAGCAGGGUAAUGUCACUCGACACAUUGGUCCUUGGACAUUAACAAAAUCCAUAAUACGUGAAAAUGGAUUUUUGGGAUUAUUUAGGGGACUCUCGUCAACUAUUGCUAGAGAAAUGCCCGGUUACUUUUUCUUUUUCGGUGGAUAUGAACUCACCAGAGGAUUCUUGGCCAAACCCGGACAGACUCGUGACGAAAUUGGCCCGCUAAAGACAAUGGUUGCUGGAGCUGUUGGUGGGACAGUGCUUUGGCUAGUUAUUUUUCCUGCUGAUGUUGUUAAAAGUCGUAUUCAAGUACAAAAUUUAAGCGAACCUGCGAUAGGUAUUAUGAAACAAAUAGCAAGAAAUGAAGGAAUAUCAGCGCUUUACAAUGGAUUAAAACCAACACUCGUAAGAACAGUACCAGCAACAGCAACUCUUUUCGUUACUUAUGAAUACACUAAAAAAAUGUUACACUCGGCUCUUGAUUGA